CAUCACCCUGGAAUUUCCAUUUCGGCUGCUCCCAGCUGCCUCCAGGACUCCCUUUUAAAAGAGGGCCGAAUCCAGCUGUUGCACACUGAGCUGCAUCUUUCAGAGCUUCUGCUCCUGCCCUGACAGCCCUCACCCGACGGAAAGAUGAAGGUUUCUGCAGCUGGAUUGGCUCUUCUCCUCAUUUCAGCCUCCUUCUCCCAGACUUUCUCUGGACCAGCUGGACUGGAGAUCCCAACCUGCUGUUUCACAUACAGCCAGCACAAGCUGCCACGGAGGCUCAUCCAGCACCAUUACAGCACCAGCAGCAACUGCCCCCAGCCAGGCAUCGUGUUUGUCACAAAGGAAGGCCGCCAGGUCUGUGCCAAUCCUGAAAACAACUGGGUCCGAAGCUACCUGAGAAUUCUGGGGCAGAACUGAGCGAAGCAGUGUGGCAAGAGUAGCUACUAUCAAGUUAUGUUAUCCUGAGCUCCAGCCAUGGAGCAGGACCCUGGGACAAGAGGAGCCACAGGAGCAUCUGCAGGUGCCCCCAAGGGACUGCUAGAAGGGCACCUUGUGUUGGGGGCUGCUGCUCAUCCUUGCUUGCACAGACCAGGCUUCAGCCUCAUCCCUCUGCCCACCCCCAGGCCCGUGGGACUGCACCUUGGCUGUUGCAUUAUUUGAAGUUAUUUAAGAAAUCAUCAUAUGGGGCGGUCAGUCCUUUUUUUUCCGUGGAUGAUUAUAUUAUUUAUAGGGGGGUGACAGGGAGGGUAUUUCUAGGAGGGUGACCCAAUGUUGGAUGAUGGAAAAUCCUGGUUUAAACAUGUCAACUCAUGAUUCUGGACAAUAAAGAAUUUGGAGAA